AUGGAUGAUAAUGAUUUUGGUGAUUUUGGAUCUGAUCCUUAUGAGUUUGCCAAUGUGAUUGGGGAUGGAGAUCAACCAUUGUACCCUGGUUGUAGAAAGUACACGAAGUUAUCGGCAUUAGUGAAGUUGUAUAAUUUGAAGGCAAAAUAUGGGAUGAGUGAUGUCUGUUUUACAGAAUUAUUGAUACUUCAAGGCGAUUUGCUUCCAGAAGGAAAUACAAUACCGGCCUCUAUGUAUGAGGCAAAAAAGACUUUGUGUGCAUUGGGGCUGAGUUAUGAGAAAAUGCACGCAUGCCCCAAUGAUUGCAUCUUGUAUAGGAAGGAGUAUGAGGAUUUAACUCAUUGUCCUAAUUGUGGUAUCUCAAGGUGGAAGGAAGGCAAAGAUUCAAUCUUGAAAGAGGGUGUGCCAGCGAAGGUGGUGUGGUAUUUUCCUCCAAUUCCAAGGUUUAAAAGGAUGUUUCGAUCACAUGAGACCGCUAAGAGUUUGACUUGGCAUGCUGCUAGAAAAUCAAUUGACGGUUAUAUGUCUCAUCCAGCGGAUUCCCCGUCUUGGAAACUUCUUGAUGAUAAAUGGCCCGAGUUUGGUAAUGAGCCAAGAAACUUGAGAUUGGCUCUUUCAUCUGAUGGAUUCAAUCCCCACAGUUCUCUAACCGGAAAUGAUAUAGACGUCUACUUGGAGCCUUUGAUUGAUGAUUUAAAAUCUUUGUGGGAUGGGAUUGGAGGAGUGUAUGAUGCACAUAAUGGAGAAUACUUUACACUCAGAGCUGCAUUAAUGUGGACAAUUAAUGAUUUCCCCGCCUAUGGAAACUUAUCUGGUUGUGUUGUUAAAGGAUAUAAAGCUUGUCCAAUAUGCGGCGAUGAUACACCUAGUCACAGGUUGAAAAAUGGCCACAAAAUUUGUUACAUUGGGCAUAGAAAAUGGUUACCGAUCAAUCAUCCAUAUAGGAGGCAACGUGCAGCUUUUAAUGGGAAACCUGAAUAUGGCACACCUCCUGAGCCAUUAACCGGAGAAGAAGUGCUGCAUAUGGUUGAAGAUGGUGACAGAGUUUGUUGGAAGAAGAAAUCAAUAUUCUUUGAUCUCGAGUAUUGGAAAUACCUUCCUGUGAGGCAUGUCCUAGAUGUUAUGCACAUUGAGAAGAAUGUUUGCGAUAGUAUCAUUGGUACAUUGCUGGAGAUCCCUGGAAAAAAUAAAGAUGGGAUUGCUGCUCGAUUAGAUUUAUUGAAACAUGGGGGUCAAAAACGAUUUGCAACCCGAGUAUGGAAGAAAGACGUACUGUUUGCCCCGGGCCUCGAAAUUUGUCAAGAGCAGAGAAGAGAGAGACCUGUUGAUGUUUCCAAGCUAGAUAAGUUGGAAGAAGAUGUAGUAGUUACUUUGUGUUUGCUUGAGAAGUACUUUCCCCCUUCAUUCUUUGAUAUCAUGGUUCAUCUAGUAGUACAUCUUGUCAGAGAAGUUCGUCUGUGUGGGCCAGUAUAUUUUAGAUGGAUGUAUCCGUUUGAAAGAUAUAUGAAAGUGCUAAAGGGGUAUGUUCAGAAUCGUACUCGUCCCGAAGGUUGCAUUGCUGAGCGGUAUAUAGCUGAAGAAGCUGUAGAGUUUUGUACCGAGCAUUUAUCUGAUGUUAGUACAGUUGGAGUGCCUUCAAGCCAAAAGAUGGGAGUUUCAAAGCCAUUAUCAGGUUGCACAGUGAGCGUAGUUGAUCGGGACCUGUUGAACCAAGCACAUCUAUAUGUCUUGGAGAAUACGGAGGAAGUCCUACCUUAUAUCGAGCAACAUAUGAUCCACAUCCAGACCGCUUAUCCAAAAUUUAGAAAGAGAACAAAGUGGCUGCAGGAUAAGCACAAUAGCACUUUCAUUCAAUGGCUACGCUUGAAGGUUCAAAGUGAACUUAAUGAGGACAAUCAUGGCGUAUCAGAAAAUUUAAGGUGGCUAGCAGCUGGUCCAAACAUGGCAGUGCCAUUAUAUAGGAGCUAUCUCAUUAAAGGUAUUAAAUUCAACAUCAAGGCACAAGAUGAUGUGCGGACAACUCAAAAUAGUGGAGUUUAUUUACUUGCACAUACUAUGCAAGUUGCUAGUGCCAAGGAUAAAAACCCAAUUCUCUCAAAUAUGGGUUUCUAUGGUGUCAUUCAAGAAAUUUGGGACCUUGACUACCAAAAGUUUACAAUCCCAGUCUUUAGGUGUGAUUGGAUUGAUAAUACUUCUGGUCUUGUAGUGGACGAACUUGGAUUUACCCUUGUAGAUUUGAGUAAAAUUGGACAUAGGAAUGACCAAUUUGUUUUGGCUUCUCAAGUCAAACAAGUAUUUUUUGUUGACGACCCGAUGCAUCGUGGUUGGUCGGUAGUGUUAUCAAUGCCUAAUAGAGAAUAUAAUGAUGUUAUUGGUGAUGAUGUCUUAGGUGAUGUGAGAAUUGAGUGUGAGCCAUUUACUAGGGGGAUGCCAAAUGUUGACACAUUUGAUGAAGUGGUGGUUGAGUUAGGGAGUCAAAAUAUUCGAGAUGGGUGUGAAGAUAUAUGGGUUGAAUGA